AUGAUAUCAUCAGUAUUAAAAAGAAUUAAUAUCAUCAAAGAAUUCCCCUUACAACAUAACGUUGCAUUUUUUUCAAAAAACCGUUAUUACGUCACAGAAUCACACAGAAAAUCAUCACAAAAUUUGGUAGAAAAAAUUGUACAAAAAUAUGCCUUAGACUUACCAAAAGGUUACAAGGUAAAAAGUGGUGAUUUUGUUACUAUUAGACCUGAACAUGUUAUGACUCAUGACAAUACGGCUCCAGUGAUCACAAAAUUCAAAAGUAUCGGAGUAAACAACAUCAAGUUUCCGAGGCAAACAGUUUUUACCCUUGAUCAUGAUGUUCAAAAUAAGUCAGAAAAGAAUCUGAAUAAAUAUAAAUCCAUUGAAAAAUUUGCAAAAUUAAAUAAUGUAGAUUUUUAUCCAGCAGGACGUGGAAUUGGGCAUCAAAUUCUUAUAGAAGAAGGUUAUGCGUUUCCAUAUACAAUGACAGUGGCAUCUGAUUCGCAUUCAAACAUGUAUGGUGGUGUCGGUUGUUUAGGAACACCGAUAGUUAGAACAGAUGCUGCAUCAAUUUGGGCUACUGGUAAAACGUGGUGGCAGAUUCCACCGGUUGUCAAGGUGGAGCUCAAGGGUACCCUUCCUAACGGCGUAACAGGGAAAGAUGUUAUUAUUACUUUGUGUGGCAUGUUUAAUAAAGACGAAGUGUUGAAUAGUGUAAUUGAAUUCACUGGUGACGGGGUCGGUGGAAUUUCACUGGAAGAUAGAUUGGCAAUUGCAAAUAUGACAACUGAAUGGGGUGCACUAGCAGGUGUAUUUCCAGUUGAUAAAAUUACAUUACAGUGGCUUAGGAAUAGGGUUGAUAAACUAGAAUUUACUCGAUUUGGAAAUAAGAAUUUACCACCUACGCCACCUGGACAAAAAUUCAUCCAUCCUAGAAUUAAUCAUAAAAGGAUUGAUGAGAUCGAGCAGGAUCCAUUAACGUCAUCGCCUGACGCUUACUACUCAAAACACUUAUCAUUGGAUCUUUCAACACUUUCACCUCAUAUAUCAGGACCUAAUUCUGUUAAAAUUUCCACACCGUUAACAGAAAUUGAAAAGCAAGACGUAAAGAUUCAGAAAGCAUAUCUUGUCUCGUGUGUAAAUUCUAGAGCCGGUGAUCUACGUGCAGCUGCACAAAUCAUUAAAGGAAAAAAGGUAGCUGAUGGUGUCGAGUUUUAUAUCGCAGCAGCAAGUAGUGAAGUACAAAGUGAAGUUGAAGCUACCGGUGAUUGGCAAACACUUUUAGAAGCAGGUGCUAAACCUUUACCUGCAGGAUGUGGUCCUUGUAUAGGUCUUGGAACUGGACUUUUAAAAGAUGGAGAAGUGUGUAUAUCGGCUACAAACAGGAAUUACAAAGGUAGAAUGGGAUCACCAAACGCAUUGGCAUAUCUCGCAUCACCAGCUGUAGUUGCUGCAUCUGCUGUUGCUGGGAAAAUUAGUAGUCCUGCAUACAUUUCAACAUUAUCAACAUCGUCACUGAAAAUUACUACUUCUUCAAAAAUGCCAAUCAUCACCUAUGCCAUUAAUAAUAAUAGUAAUCCACCACCUGAACCAUCCUUCGAAACAUCACAACCAUCAACUGAAUCUAUAAUUAUUCAAGGGUUUCCCGAGACAAUUGAAGGUGAAUUGCUCUUUUGUCAUCAAGAUAAUUUGAAUACUGAUGGUAUUUAUCCUGGCAAGUAUCUUUACGCGGAGGAUUAUACACCUGAUCAAAUGGCAAAAAUUGUGAUGGAAAAUUAUGAUCUUGAAUUUGCAAAAAUUGUAUCAAAGGGUGAUAUUUUGGUUGGUGGAUAUAAUUUUGGUACAGGUUCAUCAAGAGAACAGGCAGCAACUGCUAUCAAAGCAUGUGGUAUUAAUUUGGUGAUAGCAGGCUCUUACUCUCAGACGUUUAAACGUAAUGCAAUAAACAAUGCUUUACUUUGUGUCGAGUCACCUGAGCUUGUGAAUCUUUUAAAAAGUCGUUAUUCACCAGACUCGCUAACUACCAGAACUAAACUAAAGGGAGAAUUUAUAGUGAAAGAAGGAAAAUUUUUGAUCAGAGGCUUGGAAAAUUUGAUGAAUUUUAAUAUUGGCGUGUUGGGUAAAAUUGUUCAAGAGUUAUGGGUGGCUGAUGGAUUAGAGAAUUGGAUAAGGCAACAAAACAAUUAA